AUGGCGGAAAUCGGGACUUGUCUCGUCUCUGUGCGACUUGGCAUGCGAAGAAUUUCUCCCAACGCUUGUGCCAUUUACCUCUCGCUUUCCUCACCCUACCCUCCCAAUCUCCCCUCUGCAUCAAGUUGGCCCAGGAUGAUCGCCUUGCGCACAACCUCGCGCAUCGCAACCCGCGCUAUGCGCACCACCACCCCUACCCGCUUCGCCUCAACCCAAGCCACCAUUAAAGAAGAAGCCGCCUCCGCCCGCGGUGCAGCCAAAGAAACGCUCGGAGAAGCCAAAGGAGCGGUAAAAUCCGUCCAAGGAUCAAUCAAAUCCACCGCUCAAUCCGCCAAAUCCUCUCUCCCUUCCCCACCCUCUCCUCCUUCAGGCCCUAUCGUCGUUGGUAAACCCACGAUCCGUCGACCUGUAGGAUCUGUUCGAGGUGGUGUACUGGGUUUCUUGUUCGGUUUCGGCAUUGCUUCCGCCUAUGGAUACUACUACCUCUUGAAAGAGUAUAACGCUGCGAGCAACUUGAUGUUGGCUUCUGUUGAGGAGCUGCAGACUUCGACUGAAAAGCGACUGAACAAGUUGGAAGCAGAUUUGAAAUCCUUGUCGAACCAAGCUGCGAGUAAGGCAGAGUACGAGAAGAAUAGGGUGGAGAUGAAGAAGAUCGUUGAUGGGAUCCAUGAUGAAGUUUUGGAUGUCAAGAAGCAGAUCGAGAAGCGUUCGCAACUCAGUAAACUCGAGACUGACCCUGAUCUUCAUCUCGUUAUCUUUGCCGCCAAGGGCAGACCUUCCGAGACCAACGAAAUACAUGCAGUGACCGCUUCUCACCCUGUCCCAAACCAGCCGUAG